AUGAGAUCCGUUGCUUCCUCUCUCUUUCGCAGACACAACAACAAACAAAUCUUGUUGAGCAGUAUCCAGAGAAAUUUCUCUACCAAGAGUACAGCCUGUGUUCAGAUUACCAACAGAGAUGCUGCAAACAAGGCCUUAGAUGAAGAAUUGGCUCGUGAUGAAAAAGUUUUCAUUUUGGGAGAAGAAGUUGCUGCUUAUAACGGAGCUUAUAAGAUCACCAAGGGACUUUUUGACAAGUAUGGAGGUGACAGAGUCAUUGAUACUCCAAUUACUGAAAUGGGCUUUGCUGGUAUUGCAGUCGGUGCCGCUCUUGGUGGCCUGAGACCAAUUUGUGAAUUCAUGACUUUCAACUUUGCCAUGCAGGCCAUUGACCAAAUUAUUAACAGUGCUGCUAAGGGUCAUCACAUGAGUGCAGGUUUUCUUAGAUGCCCAAUCGUUUUCCGUGGUCCAAAUGGUGCUCCUCCAGCAGUUUCUGCCCAACACUCACAAGAUUAUGCCUCGUGGUAUGCCAAUUGUCCAGGCUUGAAGGUUGUUUGUCCAUACAGCGCUGAGGAUUACAAGGGAUUGCUUAAGGCAGCUAUUCGUGAUGACAACCCAGUCAUUGUCUUGGAAAGUGAAUCUUUGUAUGGUCAAACAUUUGAAAUCGAUGAAAAAAUUUUGAAUGAUAAGGACUUUGUUAUUCCAAUUGGUAAAUCAAAGGUUGAGCGUGAAGGAAAGGACAUUACUCUUGUAGGAUAUGGUCGUGCACUUAAUGCUGCUCUUGGUGCUGCUGAAAGACUCCAAAAGGAGGGUAUCAGUGCUGAAGUUAUUAACUUGCGUACAAUUCGUCCACUAGACAUGGUUCCAAUUCUUGCAUCUGUUAAGAAGACUAAUAGAUUGAUCACUGUUGAAGAAGGUUGGCCACAUUGCGGAAUUGGAGCUGAAAUUAUUGCUCAAGUUAUGGAAUCUGAUGCCUUUGAUUAUUUGGAUGCUCCAGUUUUGAGAUGUACAGGUGUCGAUGUUCCUGUGCCUUAUGCUGAAAAUUUGGAGAGAGCUUGCUUCCCAGACCCUGAUAUUGUUUGUGCUGCUGUUAACAAGGUACUUUACAGAAAGAAGUAA